AAAGAGGAAGGAAGGAAUGAAUAUGAAAGAAAGAAAAUUGAAGGAAGGAAGGAAGGAAGGAAGGAAGGAAGGAAGGAAGGAAGGAAGCUUAUAGCAAGAAUAAAAUUGUUCUAGUCUUAACGGUGCCACUACUGGAUUCAAAAAGUUUUUCCUGCUGCUUCAGACUAACCGGCCCCGCAUCUGAAGCUGCCUUCUUGGAAAUCAGCUGCAAUCCAGUGAGAUCUCCUGAUCCCGCCCCCCCCGGGAGGUUGGCAACCUCGAACGGGGUGAUGUUUCCCACGACUACCGUCCCUCCAUCUCCCAAGCUUUCGGCGGUCCUCGCUCGAGUCGCUCUGCGAUCGCUCGCUCUGGCCUGGCCCGACGCCGGAAGCCGGAAGUGGGGAGCUGUUCCUGUCCCCGUGGGUGACAGGCUGAAGCGGCGCCUCCGUUGCCAUGUCGACGGCGAUGAACUUCGGGAGCAAGAGCUUCAAGCCGAAGCCUCCGGACAAGGGCUCCUUCCCCCUGGACCAUUUCGGUGAAUGUAAAGCCUUCAAAGAGAAAUACAUGAAAUGUCUGCGGGAGAAAAGCUUUGAGAACAACCUAUGUAGGCAGGAAUCGAAGGAAUACUUAGAAUGCCGAAUGGACAGGUGACUGAUGGCCAAGAGAACCACUGCGGGCUGGGCUUCAAAGUUUACCUCGUGGAAAGAAAA